AUGACUAUCAACGAAGUGAAUAAUCUCACCAACUAUGUGGCAUACUUGGAGCCCAACAGCGGCCCCCGAAUCGGCCAUCUUGACUUUGAGACCUCGACUAUCACCCCACUUUCCUUUAAGUCGGGUACUCCAUUGACAGAUCUUUAUCAAGUGAUCACAGUUGUGUCAAGCACCUCCCCCCCGAUUUCAGGUCGGGACGUGCUCGCUGUUGGGAAGAACUAUGUCGAACAUGCUCGUGAGUUCAACUCCUCUGGAUACGAUGCUAGUGAUAAGACCGACCAGCCGACACACCCCGUGAUUUUCACCAAGCGUGCCACUUCUAUCAUUGGCCCCGAAGACCCUAUCCUGCUGCAUUCAAACUUCACCAGCACGCCCGACUACGAGGGUGAGAUUGGCGUAAUUAUUGGCAAGUCGGGGUUCCAAAUUUCGGAGCAGAACGCCUUGGAGCAUGUUUGGGGUUAUACCAUCGUGAAUGAUAUGACUGCACGCGAGCGGCAGCGCGACCACAAGCAAUUCUUCCUCGGAAAAUCCCCCGAUACUUUCUGUCCAAUUGGGCCAGUUGCUGUCCCUAAGGAAAGCCUUCCAGAGAACCUAAAAAUCCAGACCUUUGUCAACCAAGAAAAGCGCCAGGAAGCCACUCUAAGCGAUCUCAUCUUCAGCAUUCCUACCCUUAUUGCAACUAUUAGCGCUGGUCAGACUUUGCAAGCCGGUGACGUUAUUGCCACCGGUACCCCUGCAGGUGUUGGCUUCGGCUUCAGGCCUAUGAAGUUCUUGCAGACCGGAGAUGAAAUUAGCGUCUCCGUGACAGGACUAGGAACCCUGACAAAUCGCAUUGCUGCUUCUGAUGCCGUCAACAAUACCUUCGAGCGCGCGGAGUCUCACAUUCCCAUCGCUAAUCAAAAGGCGCCAGCCAAUGAGGGAUUGACAGAGAUCAAUGGCAAGAAUCUCUUUUAUCAACGACUGGGUGUUGAGACAGGUCCUCCAGUCUUCUUUAUUCAUGGCCUGGGAGGCUCAACAAGUUACUUCCACCCCCUCGUGGCGAAGCUUCAGUCGACACAUUCUUUGCAUCUUCUAGAUCUAGAAGGACAUGGCCUUUCUCCAACAUCUGCAAUCAGUACCCUUUCUAUCGCCUCUUUUGCGGAUGACUUCUACCAGCUUUCCAAACUUGCUGGGGUGAGCGAAGGGGUUACCGUGAUUGCCCACUCGAUGGGCUCUCUCGUUGCUCUCAAGCUUGCCUUAACUCAUCCAAAGCUUGUGUCCAAGCUUAUCUUGAUGGGCCCGCCCCCUAUCCCACUUCCGGAAGCAGGAAUCCAAGGAUCUUAUACCCGGGCUGCUCUUGUUCGAAAGCAGGGAAUGCUGGCGGUUGUGGAUGUGAUCGCACAAGCUGGAACGUCUGCCUUUGUUCAAAAAAACAACUUGUUAGCUGUUGCUGCAGUGCGCACUUCUCUUUUGAGUCAAGACGCCGAAGGAUAUGCUAAAGCGUGUGCGGCGCUUGCUGGAUCUGGAACCGAGGAAUUGGAAAUUACAAGCCUGCGCAUUCCAGUGUCUUUCGUGACAGGUGAAGAGGAUAAAGUCAGUCCUCCAGCACUCUGUCAGAGAUAUUCUCAGGCAACAGGUGGCGGAGAUGUUCAGGUGCUCAAGAAUGUGGGGCAUUGGCAUCUGUUUGAAGAUUUAGAUCAAACUGUCAAGGCGGUUCUGGCGCAGAUUUAA